AUGUCGCCCGCUCGCGCGCAUCUUCUCCGGGGACCCGCCCCCCCCCCGCAAACGUUUACCCCCGAAAGUCGCCCGCUCGCGCGCACCUUCUCUGGGGACCCGCGCCCCCCGCAAACGUCUUCCUCCGAAACAUCGUCGCUCGCGCGCACCUUCUUCGAGGUCCUGCGCCCCCCGCAAACGUCUCCCCCCGAAACGUCGCCCGCUCGUGCGCACCUUCUCCGGGAGCUUGCGCUCCCCGCAAAUGUCUCCCCCCGAAACGUCGCCCGCUCUCGCGCACCUUCUCUGGACUCCCGCGCCCCCCACAAAGUCUCACCCCGAAACGUCGUCCGCUCGCGCGCACCUUCUUCGGGGACCUGCGCCCCCCGCAAACGUCUCCCCCCGAAACGUCGCCCGCUCGCGCGCAUCUUUUCCGGGGACCUGCGCCCCCCGCAAACGUCUCCCCCCGAAACGUCGCCCGCUCGCGCGCACCUACUCCGGGGUCUCGCGCCCCCCACAAACGUCUCCCCCCGAAACCUCGUCCGCUCGCGCGCACCUUCUCUGGACCCCCGCGCACCCUGCAAACGUCUCCCCGCGAAACAUCGCCCGCUCGCACGCACCUUCUCCAGGGACCCGCGCCCCCCGCAAACGUCUGCCCACCGCCCCAUUCUCCCGCUUUCCAUCACCCCGCCCCAUUCUCCCGCUUUCCAUCACCCCGCCCCAUUCUCCCGCUUUCCAUCACCCCGCCCCAUUCUCCCACUUUCCAUCACCCCGCCCCAUUCUCCCGCUUUCCAUCACCCCGCCCCAUUCUCCCGCUUUCCAUCACCCCGCCCCAUUCUCCCUCCUUCCAUCACCCCGCCCCAUUCUCCCACCUUCCAUCACCCCUCUCCAUUCUCCCGCAUUCUAUCACCCCACCCCAUUCUCCCGCUUUCCAUCACCCUGCCCCAUAUUCCCUCUUUCCAUCACCCCGCCCCAAUCUCUCGCUUUCCAUCACCCCGCCCCAUUCUCCCUCCUUCCAUCACCCCGCCCUAUUCUCCCUCCUUCCAUCACCCCGCCCCAUUCUCCCUUCUUUCAUCACCCCGCCCCAUUCUCCCUCCUUCCAUCACCCUGCCCCAUUCUCACGCUUUCCAUCACCCCGCCCCGUUCUCCCCCUUUCCAUCACCUCACCCCAUUCUCUCGCUUUCCAUCACCCCGCCCCAUUCUCCCGCUUUCCAUCACCCCGCCCCAUUCUCCCUCUUUCCUUCACCCCGCCCCAUUCUCCCUCUUUCCAUCACCCCGCCCCAUUCUCUUGCUUUCCAUCACCCCACCCCAUUCUCUCGCUUUCCAUCACCCCGCCCCAUUCUCCCUCCUUCCAUAACCUCGCCCCAUUCUCCCUCCUUCCAUCACCCCGCCCCAUUCUCCCGCCUUCCAUCACCCCGCCCCAUUCUCCCGCUUUCCAUCACCGUACCCCAUUCUCCCGCUUUCUGUUACCCUGCUCCAUUCUCCCGCUUUCCAUCACCCCGCCCCAUUCUCCCUUUUUCCAUCACCCCGCCCCAUUCUCCCGCUUUCCAUCACCCCACCCUUUUCUCCCGCUUUCCAUCACCUUGCCCCAUUCUCCCGCUUUCAAUCACCCCGCCCCAUUGUCCCUCCUUCCAUCACCCCGGCCCAUUCUCCCUCCUUCCAUCACCCCGCCCUAUUCUUCCGCUUUCCAUCACCUCGCCCCAUUCUCCCUCUUUCCAUCACCUUGCCCCAUUCUCCCGCUUUCCAUCACCCCAACCCAUUCUCCCGCUUUCUUUCACCCCGCCCCAUUUUCCCGCUUUCCAUCACCCCGCCCCAUUCUCCCUCCUUCCAUCACCCCACCCCAUUCUCCCUCCUUCCAUCACCCCGCCCCAUUCUCCCGCUUUCCAUCACCCCGCCCCAUUCUCCCGCUUUCCAUCACGCCCCCCCCAUUCUCCCACUUUCCAUCACCCCGCCCCAUUCUCCCGCUUUCUAUCACCCCGCCUCAUUCUCCCGCUUUCCAUCCCCCCGUCCCAUUUUCCCGCUUUCCAUCACCCCGCCCCAUUCUCCCGCUUUCCAGCACCCCGCCCCAUUCUCCCGCUUUCCAUCACCCCGCCCCAUUCUCCCGCAUUCCCUCACCCCGCCCCAUUCUCCCGCUUUCCAUCACCCCGCCCCAUUCUCCCGCUUUCCAUCACCCCGCCCCAUUCUCCCUCCUUCCAUCACCCCGCCCCAUUCUCCCGCUCUCCAUCACCCCGCCCCAUUCUCCCGCUUUCCAUCACCCCGCUUGAUUCUCCCGCUUUCCAUUAUCCCGCCCCAUUCUCCCCCUUUCCAUCACCCUGCCCCAUUCUCCCGCUUUCCAUCGCCCCACCCCAUUCUCCAGCUUUCCAUCACCCCGCCCCAUUCUCCCGCUUUCCAUCACCCCGCCCCAUUCUCCCGCUUUCCAUCACCCCGCCCCAUUCUCCCGCUUUCCAUCACCCCGCCCCAUUCUCCCUCCUUCCAUCAACCCGUACUAUAACACCCCCCCCCCCUUCUCCUGCUUUCCAUCACCCCAUCCCAUUCUCCCUCCUUCCAUCACCCGCCCCAUUCUCCCUCCUUCCAUCACCCCGCCACAUUCUCCCGCUUUCCAUCACCCCGCCCCAUUCUCCCUCCUUCCAUCACCCCGCCCCAUUCUCCCGCUUUCCAUCACCCCACCCCAUUUUCCUGAUUUCCAUCACCCCGCCCCAAUCUCCCGUUUUCCAUCACCCCGCCCCAUUCUCCCGCUUUUUAUCACCCCGCCCCAUUCUCCCGCUUUCCAUCACCCCGCCCCAUUCUCCCGCUUUCCUUCACCCCGCCCCAUUCUCCCUCCUUUCAUCACCCCGCCCCAUUCUCCCACCUUCCAUCACCCCGCCCCAUUCUCCCGCUUUCUAUCACCCCGCCCCAUUCUCCCGCUUUCCAUCACCCCGCCCCAUUAUCCCGCUUUCCAUCACCCCACCCCAUUCUCCCGCUUUCCAUCACCCCGCCCCAUUCUCCUGCUUUCCAUCACCCCGGCCUAUUCUCCCUCCUUCCAUCACCCCGCCGCAUUCUCCCUCCUUCCAUCACCCUACCCCAUUCUCCCGCUUUCCGUCACCCUGCCCCAUUCUCCCGCUUUCCAUCACCCCGCCCCAUUCUCCCGCUUUCCAUCACCCCGCCCCAUUCUCCUGCUUUCCAUCACCCCGCCCCAUUCUCCCUCCUUCCAUCACCCCGCCCCAUUCUCCCACCUUCCAUCACCCCUCUCCAUUCUCCUGCUUUCCAUCACCCCACCCCAUUCUCCCGUUUUCCAUCACCCUGCCCCAAUCUCCCGCUUUCCAUCGCACCGCCCCAUUCUCCCGCUUUCCAUCACCUCGCCCCAUUCUCCCUCCUUCCAUCACCCUGCCCCAUUCUCCCUCCUUCCAUCACCCCGCCCCAUUCUCACGCUUUCCAUCACCCCGCCCCAUUCUCCCGCUUUCCAUCACCCCGCCCCAUUCUCCCGCUUUCCAUUAA